AUGGCAGAAUUUCAGAGCUGCAUUGAUAACUGCAAAUUGAUAGAGUUGAGUGGAAGAGGAGCGAAUCACACUUGGUACAACAAUCAGGAUUCCAGUCCCAUCACAAGGAAGUUGGAUAGGACUCUAAUCAAUGAAGCUUGGCUGUCUGCUCAUCCUCAAUCUAACGCAUUAUUUGAUACCCCGGGUGGAUCUGAUCACUCCCCAAUACUAGUGACUACAGCCACUGAUAUUGAAAGAAGGAAAGUUCCAUUCAAGUUCUAUAAUCUUUUCACAACACAUCCGGACUAUCCCAACUUACUUGACAAUGCAUGGUCUUCUCCAUCUGUUCGAGGCACGUCAAUGUAUGAGCUUUGUCAGAGGCUUAAAGUGGUUAAAGUGGGUUAUACGGAGCUAAACAGAAAGAACUUCAGUAACAUUCAAGCCAGAACAGCGAAGGCCCAUGAAGCACUAAUUCGAAAACAGGCUCAAAUCUUGUCAACUCCGUCUUAG